AUGCCAAAGACCGGACCGAUGCAAUAUACCCUCUACGAUCCUGCAAAGCCCUUGUCCUCAUUGUACAAAAAACGAGCGUUAAAGGAAUUGGGAGAGAAUCCUGACCAAGUCUCAGCACAUCUAGAAUCGUUUCGACGCUGGCUUUCUUCAAUGCCUCACUUGAAGUGCACCACAGACGAUGUGUUUUUGUUGGCAUUCUUGCGUCAUUCGAAGUACAACCACUUGAAAGCACAACAGCGCCUGGACAAAUUCUGCACCUUCCGCACCUCAGCUGUCGAAGGCUAUCUUCCAUGGUUCGAGGAACCCGCUACCAACAAGGCAAAUUGGAAUAAACUUAUUGACCUGAAACCUUGGUGCAUGUUGUCUUCUUGCAUUGAAGCGCUAACACUUGGGUGGACCAUUAAAAUCGCACAAUUCUGUAUAACCUUUAAAGCUCCCGAAUAUAUCGCUGUGGGUAUUAUCAUGGACACAUCUCCUUCAGUAGAGAUAGCAAAUCUUGAUCUCGAUGUGGUCUCGAUGGCGGAUCUGUACAGCGCACUGCAAGUGUUUGACGAUGCAUGUUUGGUCGAUCCUCGAGCCCAAAUUGGUGGUAUAUGCAUGAUUGUGGAUUUUACAAAUCUUCACAAAGACAUACUCAUGCAAAUGUUUGACCAAAAGCUAACAAAAAUGUCAACGAAAUAUUUCCAGGAGUGUCUGCCCUUCCGAAUAAAGAAGCUCAUUUACUACAAUGCCCCAAAGGUGUUUGAAACUUUGUUCAAUAUCUACUCCGAGUGGUUAAAUGAGAAAAUCAAAUCACGGACCCUGGUGCUGGGUUCUGACCUGAGUCCUGCUUUCGAUGCGGUUGAAGGGUUGAAGGAGUUAAUGCCUGAAUCUUACGGUGGCGAUAAUAAACUUUCCAUCGAUGAUAUUUGGGAGAAUCAGGCAAAGGCAAUGAAGUCAUUAUCAGAUGUUGGUGCGAAUUUUGCGAUUUCAGUGGAUGAGUCAAAGAGACCAAAGGAGUGCAAAUAUAACUUUGGUGUUUACAAAAAUCUGUCGUCGGACGUCAUGGGCAGAUCAGGAACUUUUGUCAAAUUGAACGAAGGUGAAAUUUGA